GGUCGCAUGAUAGCUUUUAAAACAUAAAAUAUUUCAGAAUGAUUUUCCCUCGUUCAAUCUUCGUUCCGCUGUGGAGGCAGUUACAGUAGCCACCUCUCUCUCUCUCUCUGUCAACCGUCAUGUUCCGGGUGAACUGGAUGUUUGUGUCUGUCAAACAAACUAAACCCCUCGUUGUUUUCAUCAUGAUCGUCUCACUCUUGUCCCUCUGGAUAUUCUUACCCACACGCUUCACCAACUCGGCACCAGCUGGUUAUUACUUGGAAUUACCUAAAGUAGUUGUGAAAAACCUCUACAAAUUGGAUACCUCUUGGCCCAAUUUUCCAGAAUAUUUCUCAGGUCAAGUAUUUGGUGUCGCAGUUGACCCAGUGGCAGAUAUUGUUUAUGUGGCUCAGAGAGGAGAAUCGAUACCAAAGAUUCUGAUGUUUACAGAGAAGGGAUAUUUCCUCCAAAAGUGGAAUACUUCAACAAUUGAGAUGCCACAUGGGAUAUUUGCAGCUAACACAGCACCUUUGUCAUCUGUGUGGGUGACAGAUGUUGGAAAUGGAAAGUAUGGACACACAGUAAAGCAGUACACUCAAUCAGGAAAACUUCUUCAAAUUCUGGGGACACCUGGAACACCUGGCUCUGACUUAAAUCCAUUACAAUUUGAUCAACCAGCAGAAGUGUUUGUUUCUAACAAAGAGGAAAUUUACAUUGUGGAUGGCGAUGGAGGCUUAAAUAACAGGCUAAUCAAGCUCACUAAUCAAGAAAUAGCUUGGAUGAGAGGAGAAAAGGGAGCUGGACCUUCUCAAUUUUACAUUCCACACAGUAUAACCGAAGAUAACAUAGGAAGAAUCUGGGUAGCUGACAGAGGAAACAAACGUUUGCAAGUAUUUGAUGCUGCUUCAGGAGAGUGGCUUGGGUCCUGGUCUAGCUGCUUCAUAGAUGAUGCACCUUAUUCUGUGAGGCUGACAUCUGACGGCAAGUACUUCGUUGUGGCCCAGCUGAACGUCAACAGAAUAGUUUUUUUGCCUGUCCCAUCAAUAGGUGACAUUGGGCCAUGUCUCAUAGAGGACACAAUUCAGUUGGCUGACGAUGUGAAACCCCAUCUAGUUGAUGUUAGUCGUAAAACUGGAGCCAUUUAUGUGGCUGAAAUCGGUGCACGUCAAGCUCAGAAAUUUAUACCUACAAACAAAAAAUAGUUUUUGUAACAUCCAUUGAAGUUGCACUACCACUAUCACAAUAAUGUAAAGUGCUUCAAAUGUGAAUUAAUGCAAACGUGGUGAUAGACUGCAGGUGUCACAACCUGAUCUGAAUCACAAAAGUAUUAAUGCCAUGCAGUUUAAGGCACUGUCCCACAGACAGUCUCAAAUGCAAGUGGAAUAAUUCCAAUCCAGUGUAAAGCCAGAUUUUAAAAAUUGCUCAGGUGAGAUUUGAUUUAGGAAGUUUCCAGGUUUUUCUAAGUUUGUUAAGCUGUUAAAGACCAGAUAAGGGCAUUACAGUUGUAGUACCUUACCUCAGUGUUGCAGGUUCAGGUGCGCGGAAUUCCCCAGUAGGGGGCUCCAUCUUCUGAAUGCUGUCUAGUGACCCUUGUUGGAAGUGAAUGUAUAGGUUUUAAUUGAAAACAAGUGGUUUUGGCUGUGAAUAUUCCUUGCAACCAAAUAAGUAACUGAUACUUGAUGGAAAGGCUCUCUGACAAAUAAUGCCCACUCAAGUGAUGAAUAGCAGUUCAUGAAACCAUAUCCCAAAAAGGAGUUGAUGAAAAAGGGGAGGGAAAUGUCAAAGUAUUGAUGUGAAAUUGUUCUACCUUUCCAAAUAAAUGUGCAGUUUAUAUUUAAAAUAAAUGAAAUGUAAUUAAUACACCAGAAAAUAAAGAUAAGGUUGUAGCUAUUUGAAAUUCUAAAUGUUAUUGCAAGUUUGCAAGCACUGUUAGUAAUUUAUAUAGAAUUGAUUUCCUGUGCUCUUCCCUGCUCCUUGGUAUUGCCUUCAACCACUUUCCAGAUUUUGCCUUUAUUCACAUUAGGUACUCUCUCUCUGGAUCAGCAGCAAUUCUUGGUAUCAUCUUUGAACAAAAUCCUCCAACAAUGUGUAUUGUUGAGUAAAGAACUAACGUGCCAUUUCCUAAGCAAGGUGUUAAGUGCAGUAAAUUGCAUUUUAAUCAUAUGGAAACAGAUUGAUUUAAGAUUAUGUUACAUUCAUUCAUUAUGAUGUUUCAUAUGUGAGUUUUUACUUUAAUUACAGGGGUAGGGUAGGAAGGUGGCUGUGGAUGGGAUGCUAUUCAGAGGGUCAGUGUGGACUCACUGGGCUGAAUGGCCUGCUUCCACACUGCAUGGAUUCUGAGUCUAUGCAAAUUCCAGACCAAGUGUAACUCAUUCUUCAAAGAUUCUGAUCUUAAGAGUUUCCUGUAAGAAGACACUGAAGGAUUAUUGGUUCUAGCCAUCUCUGGGACCUUUACCAUCCGUCACCGCUAGCUCUCUGAGCCUCUGCUACACAGACUUAGGAUAACAUCAUUACAUCAGCUAAACUUUCCUCCAUGCUUUUACUUUUGAAAGGAUGAAGACAUUCUUUUUUU